ACUACUUGCAAGAAACGUUCGGCCUAAAAAUAAGAGCAAUUUAUAGAAUAGGCGACGAAAAGUUUAAAGGCCAAAAGUUCUAGCUACUUUCCAACUAACAGGCUAAGGCUAGAUUAAUAAUCGAGAAGUGAAAAUGACGGGCCACAGGGUAGUAAUAUCUGGAGUUGCCGGACGUUUUCCAAAUUCUGAUAAUGUUACCGAACUACAAAAUAAUUUAUUGAAUCAAGUUGACUGCACCACCACCGAACAUGGACGAUGGGAAUUUGAUUCACCUAAAAUUCCACAAAGAUUGGGAAAAUGUAAUAACAUUGAGAAGUUUGAUCGCGUUUUUUUUGGAGUUCAUACUAAAUUAUGCGCCAUCAUGGAUCCUAUGUCAAGGCUGUUGUUAGAACAUAGUUUUGAGGCUAUUAUGGAUGCUGGAGUCAAUCCUCGACACUUGAGAGGAGCUAAUAUUGGUGUAUAUACAGCAACUAAUUUAUCAGAGUCUGAAAAGACAGUAUUUCAUCACAAAGUGCAGCACGAUGGUUUUGGUAUUAUGGGAAGUAGUAAAGCUAUGGUACCAAAUCGAAUUUCCUUCUUCUUAGGACUGGUUGGUCCAAGCGUUAACAUUGACAGUGGUGACGCUGGUUCAGGUGCAGCAUUGGAACGAGCUUAUCAUGCAAUUAAAAACGGCCGUAUUGAUGGUGCUAUUGUAGCUGGAUCAAUUCUCAACUUGCAUCCUCACAUAUCUUAUCAAUUACGCGCUUUAGGAUUGCUUUCUACCGAUGGAUUUACGAGGAGUUUUGAUGAUAAUGCUGGAGGUCACACGCGCAGUGAUGGCGUGGCAGUUUUAUUUUUGCAAAGAAUGACCGAUUCAAAACGCAUAUAUCAAGAAGUAAUUCAUGCAAGAGCUAUUCAUUCAGAUUGCAACAAUUUGAAUGAAAUUAUGUACCCUACAAUGGAAUCGCAAGUACAAGUUAUGCAAGAUCUUCUCAAUGAAAGUGGCUUAAAACCUGAUGAUAUAGAUUUCUUGGAAGCUAGUGGAGUGGCUAUAAAAAAACAAGACACUGAAGAGUUAGAAGCAAUUGAUAGAGUGUAUGGAAAAAGGAAGAAGCCUUUACUUAUUGGAUCAAUAAAGUCUAAUAUAGGAAAUGCCAUUUGUACGGGUACAAUUAAUUCAAUUGUAAAAAUGAUUGUAGCAUCUGAAACUGGACAGAUUCCUCCAAAUUUGCAUUACGAAGAACCGAAUUCUCAAGCUGCUGGUUUACAGGCGGGUAGACAGGAAGUUGUAACGGAAUUAACUCCAUGGACUGGGCAAUACAGUUCAAUCAAUACGACGUCUACAGUAGGAGUUUUUUCAAACGUUCUUUUAAAAUCUCCAAAUAUUGAAAAGAAAAAUGAUGGAGUCCCAGAAGAUGAUAUUCCGAGGCUAGUGAUAGUAUCGGGCAGGACAGAAGAAGCAAUAGCAACUAUGCUUGAUUUUGUCGAGGGUAGACCAGUAGAUGUUGAGUUAUUACAAAUGAUGUAUGACAUUUUCCAAUCUGAAAUUAAUGCGCAUUUGUUCAGAGGAUUCACGGUAGUUCCAGCUAAAGAAAUGCUUGCACCAGAAACUAAAAAACGCGAGAUUCUCUUUAAUACUGGAGAAAAUAAAGAGAUUUGGUGGGUGUUUUCAGGAAUGGGCUCUCAAUGGGUUGGAAUGGGUGAAGCUCUAUUGAAAUUACCAAUAUUCGAAGCCGCCAUUAGAAAAUGUGAUGCAGUUUUGAAGCCACUUGGUUAUGAUAUAUUCAGGAUUAUUACUGAAAAAGAUCCAAAGAUGUUUGAUCACAUUAUCAACUCAUUUGUUGGCAUCGCAGCUAUUCAGAUCGGUCUUGUAGAUGUUUUGAAAGCAGUGGGUCUUGAACCUGACUUUAUUAUUGGACACUCCGUGGGAGAACUUGGUUGUGCCUACGCUGAUGGUUGUUUUACUGCUGAACAAAUGGUUCUAGCAGCUUUGUCUCGCGGCUUAGCUUCUACGGAGAGCAAUUUGCAAAAAGGCUCAAUGGCUGCAGUUGGUCUUGGUUUUGAUCAGGUCAAGCCGUUGUGCCCUCCAGAUAUUGAUGUGGCAUGUCACAACGGGCCAGAAAGCACAACCAUUAGUGGACCAGCUGAGUCCAUGAAAAAGUUUGUGGCAGACUUGACGGCUAAAGGAAUUUUCGCUCGAGAAGUACCUUGCAGUAACAUUGCUUAUCACAGUCGUUAUAUUGCGGCAGCUGGUCCUAAGCUCUUGGAACGUUUGCAAAAAGUCAUUCCUAAACCUAAUCCACGUAGUUCUAAGUGGAUCAGUACUUCGGUACCACAAAGCGAAUGGAAUACCUUGAAAGCCAGACUGUGUUCAGCUGAAUACCAUACUAACAAUCUUUUAAGUCCAGUUUUAUUUGAAGAAUCUUCUCGUGUAAUACCAGCGAAUGCCGUUUGCAUAGAAAUUGCUCCUCAUGGCUUAUUACAAGCUAUCUUAAAAAGAUCAUUACCAGAAACAUGCAUAAAUAUUGCUUUGACACGAAGGGGUCAUCCAGAUAAUUUAGAAGUGUUGCUUACCGCUCUGGGAAAAAUGUACAAUGUUGGCAUGCAACCUCAGAUUUCCAAUUUAUAUCCGAAAGUUUCAUAUCCAGUGGGACGAGGAACACCUUCAAUAUCUUCUCUCAUCAGAUGGGAUCAUACAACUGAUUGGUUGGUCAAUUACUAUGAAUCGAAAGAACCUAUCAGAGAAGGUGAAAAAGUACUUGAAAUUAAUUUGCUCGAGCCAGAAAAUCAGCACUUGUUGCCAACUGUUGUCAACGGCAAAAUUCCUGUACCAGUUUCAAAAUGUUUAGUACAUGCAUGGGAAAUUUUACAAAGUUUUGAUAAAGAACAAGUUCUUGAUAUUGUUUUUGAAGACAUUAAAAUUCACAAUGUACUUACUGUGGUCGUAGAUAAUUCAAUUAAGCUAAAUGUAAUGGUCGCUAAAGGCACUGGCAAUUUUGAGGUAUCUGAAAAUGAAACUUUAUUAAUUUCUGGAACAGUCAAAGAAACCAAAGCGCCAAGUCAAGAUAGAUUAGGCUUGUUACAUUCUAAAAAAACGGAGCCAAAGUAUGAGCUUACGAAGGUUGAUUUUUACCAAGAAAUGUCAAUGCGCGGGGCUGAAUAUCCAGACGAAUUUAAGAAUGUUUCAAAAGCAACCAUUGAUGGUAACAAUGCUUUGAUAAAGUGGAAUGACAACUGGCUUACAUUCAUCGAUAAUGCUCUGCAACUAUUUUCAUUUGGCAAUGAUUCGCGUAAACCGCAAAUGCCCCUUACGAUUCGAAGAAUUGUAAUUGAUCAUAAACUACAAGAAGAUACAGCGCAGAAUUCAGUCGAAAUGCAUGCCAUCGUUGAUAGAAAAGUGAACUACUUAUGCGUAGGAGGUUUGGAAAUGCAAGGGGUUAAAUUUUCGGAUAUUCCCAAGAGUUUGGAACAAAAUCAAGUUGGCACUGAUGAAUUGAGCAUCAUUCCUAACAAGGAUAGAUCUGAUUUAAGUUUAUCCACAAGCUUAAGAUUAAUACUUCAAAUAAUCCUGGAAAAUAUAUUUUCAAUCAAGUUGCAACGAAUUCAGAUAGUUGCAACUGAUAAUCAUCAAAACUGGAAAUUUUAUAGCUCUGCCAUGUUUGAUAUUCCAGAAGCGUCAUCAUUUACUACCGAAAUAAUUUCUUACGAUGAGGCAACAUUUAAUAAAGCAUUGACAGUCCUAGACGAUAUUAAACAACAUGACAUCCAAGAAGUUGCUCGAAAACUUAGUAAUGGCAAAUUUUUACUUGUAUUUGUUGAAAAUAAAGAGGCUGAUAUGUUUACCAAAACUGCAAACUCUUUGGGUCUUGGAGUGGUUUUCACGAGGAACAUUACAAAUAUAACUCUUAUAUUAUUGAAAAAGAAGCAAUCUUUCAAAAAAGUUCACAUUUUGAAUGCUACCAACAAUGUUGAUGAAGUCGUGAAGAAAAUUAAAAAUACCAAGUUAGCUGCUUCUGAUGAACGAAUUGUUAUUCUUUCAAAUACAAAGAAUCAUACUCACAUCUUAGAUCUUGUCGAACAGAUCAAAAAUCAAUCAAGCUUGGAAAAAGUCAGAAUUUACGGCAUAGAAGAGCCAAAAGUUUCUGAAAAAAUAUUCACUGAGGAAUUUUAUACAAAACAAUUGGAGUUGGACUUGUUAAUAAAUUUGUUGACGCAAAAAAAAUUGUGGGCUACAUUGCGUCAAAUGAAUGUUGAGCUCAAUCCUCAAAUGUGUAAAUUUUGGAAGGCAGAUAAAAAACAUUCUCACGAUCCGAAUAGCAUUGCCUGGGUUGGAGGUUCGAUUCAUGAAAAUAUCGUAAAUCCUGUGAAAGUAGAAUAUGCAGCUUUGAAUUCACAGGACAUACUUAUUGUUCAUGAAAACUUCUAUGCUGAUACCUCAGAAAUGGUGGGUCAAAAUAGAUUGAAUAAGAUUAGCCCGGGACUUGAAUAUUCAGGACUAGACAGUAAAGGGAACAGAGUUAUGGGCGUUUGCUGUGGAAAUGCUAUGUCUAACAUCGUUUCUGCCGAUCCUGACUUGAUGUGGGAAGUACCAAAAUCUUGGAGCCUUGAAGAUGCGGCAACAGUACCAUUAUCUUACGUACUUGCUUACUCUGCUCUUAAAGUAAAAGCUGAAGUGAAAAAAGACGAAAAAGUUAUGCUAACUAAUGUUUGUGAUGGAAUUGGAUUAGCGUUACUUCAGUUAGCUGUUGACAGCAAAUGCGAUGUUUUCGUCACGUACAACACUGAAAUUGAAAAGAAACUAAUCCUCUCUGUUGCUCCUAAACUACCCAACAAUAGACUUCUCAAAUUAUGGAGAAACAGUUUCCGCGAUGACGUUUUACUGGCAACAUCGGGCAAGGGAGUUGAUGUUGUUAUCUGUAAUCAAGGUGAAAUUAAGUCACUGGAAGUUUUCUUCACGAUGACGAAACACAAUGGUAGAGUUAUCUUAAUCAGUGAUCUGAGCGAGGAUAAAAUUCAUCAAAGCAUUGGAAUGGAAAUAUUUUUGAGAGAAAUCAGUUUGUACUCAGUUGUACCGAAACGCAUACUUACAUCCGACAAAGCUUCUAAAAAAACCAUAUCGGAUCUCGUAAGACAAGGUAUAAAUAGUGGUUCUGUAAAACCUUUGGCUAGAACUGUAUAUGCAAGGGAAUCAUUGACUCAAGCUUACAACGAACUGCUAAAAAAUAGCAACGGAAAAAUUAUUGUAAAAGUUCAACCAGACGAUAAGAGCAAAGAAGCUGUAGCAAUUCCACGUCAUGGAUUUUCAAGCGUCAAAUCUUAUUUGGUCCUUGAAGGUUUAAGUACUUUCAGUUUAGAGCUAAUUGAUUUGCUCAUUGUCAGAGGAGCUAGGCGUUUUGUGAUUGCUAGUUCAUCAGGUACUGCAAACGGAUAUGAGACCUUGCGUUUGAAUUUGUGGCAAAGCUACGGUGUGAAAAUCAUUUUGCGGAAAGAUAUUGAUACUUCCCAGCCGCAAAAUAUAAAAGGUUUGAUUAAAGAAGCCAAUUCGUUAGGACCGAUUGAUGGCAUCAUUGAUCUACGAAGAAUGGAUACCCGAAUUAAAACAAAAGAAUCUACCAGUGAUGCGAUUACUCAAAUCGUAGAUAUGGAAUCAAGAACAUCUUGUCCAGAACUUAGUCUAUUUUUAGUAUGUUCAUCCGUCAAUGUAACAUCUACAUUAAAAAUGAAAAUGGUUUCUAAGGAAAGUGAAGCGAAAAAUGACGCUGUCCUGAAAUUGUUGCAAAAAAGGAAGAAAGAUGGACUGCACGGAUUAUUAAUUAAUUUGGGAAUAGAUAGUGAACAGAAUAACAGUUUGCUACCGGUGAAAAAGUAUUUACAAAAACUUGAUGAAAUAUUAGCUUUGGAAGAAACAUCAGUAAAUGUGGUUUACUACGCUACAAAUACCAAUGAGGUGGAAGAAGAUGAAAUUGAUACAUUGGCUAAUAUUACGGACCCAGAACAAAGAGAAGCUGAGAUAUUUGAAGCAGGGCUUUACGAACAAUACGGCGUGACUAGUGACAAUUUUGCACACAUUCAAGUAUAGAUAAUUGUAUCUGAUAUAGCAGAUUGUAUUUUUAAAACUCAGUAGUCCACUCCAAAAAAUAUAUCUUCAAAUUGUAAAGUUCGAAGUAGGUGUAAAGAUUGAAAAUGUGUAAAUUAAAUAAAAUUUUAUAAGGUUCAAAUUUGAACGAUUAUAAAAUAUAGUUAAUGCUGGUAUUAUUCAUUUAAUAACAAUAAUAAACAAUUGAUUUGUGUAAACUUCUAAGUGAAAUAAUGUAAAAUUUGCCCAUUUAUAUGAUUUCUGAGGCGAAUCAUUUAAGAUGCAGUAAAUCAAAUCAUAUUUUAAUAUUUUACUUUGAUAUAUAAGAAUAUUUUUACGAAAAUCUGUUCAAAAAUUAACUUGUAUAUUAAAAUAAGUAAGACAUAAGUUGAAAAAAUAUGUAAUCUAAAACGAUAACCAAGAGUUCAGUUUCUUUUAUGUUAAAACAUGAUCAGACCUUUUCACUAUAAUUAUUAAAUGAAAUGUAGAUCAAAGUCUAAUGUUAAAAAACAAAUCAUAAAAAAAGAAAAGAAAAUUCAUUUCAUAGUGCAAAUAAAAUAUCAGGUGAGGUUUUUCAGUUUUUCAUUUCGAUUUCAAUCAAGUUUGUGAUGUAAAGAUUUGAACCACAAGUACAUGAAUAAAUUCUCUCAUAUUGAAAAUUUGGAAUGUAAAUUGUAUGAAUGAUGAUUUUCAGCGCAUGCUUCAAUACAUAAAUGGAUAUUUUAAUUAAAAACUUAUGAAUAAAAUGUGAGAAAUAAUUUCAUUAAAAAGCAUACAAAAUAAUAAACCUCAA